AUGCAACUAAGCCGCUACAUCAACAAAGGCGAUUUAAACUCCGCCCGCCAGCUCUUCGACGCAAUGCCCCAACGAACCGUUGUCUCCUGGAACGCCAUGAUCUCCGGCUUCGCCAAGUGGGGAAGAACCGAAGAAGCUCUCACCACGGCCUCCGCCGUGCAUCGGAGCGGCAUGAAGCUCAACGAGACCACCUUCUCCUCCCUCCUCUCCGCCUGUGCUCGCUCUGGCUCUCUCCAUCUUGGCAAACAGACCCACUGCCUAGUCUUCAAAUCCGGUUCCGAGGAUUUUGAGUUGGUGGGCAGUGCUUUGCUUAACUUCUACACCUCGUGCUUUGAUAUCCAUGCUGCGUGUCAGCUCUUUGACUUGCUGCAUGGCCGGAAUCCUUCAUUGUGGAGUUUGAUGCUGGUUAGCUUCGUGAGGUGCAAUUUAUUAAGUGAUGCUAUGGAUUUGUUCGACAGGAUGCCGUUCCGUGAUGUUGUUUCAUGGACGGCUCUGAUAUCAGGCUACUCCCGCAGUGACGGAGAGUGCGGCAAGGCUUUGGAGCUGUUUCUCAGGAUGAAAGCAAGUGGUGAAGUGGUGCCGAAUGAGUUUACUUGUGAUAGUGUUUUGAGAGCUUGUGCACAGUUGGGAUCUUUGGAUUAUGGGAAGAUGAUUCAUGGGUGUUUAACUAAAUUUGGGUUUGAAUUGGAUCGCUCCAUUCGUGGCGCUCUUAUUGAUUUCUACUGCAGCUGUGAUGCUGCCAAUGAUGCCAAGAGGAUUUUCGAGCAACUAGAUUCUCCAUGCUUGAGCACUUCGAAUGCUUUGAUUGCAAGUCUUACUUCGAUGGGUAAAAUUGGAGAUGCCGAGCUGGUUUUCAAUCAGAUGGUUGAGCGUAACUCAGUUUCAUACAAUUUGAUGAUUAAGGGCUACGCUUUGCAUGGAAGGAUUGUGGAUUCCAAAAGCUUGUUUGAGAAAAUGCCCUGCAAAAAUACAGUGUCUUUGAAUGCCAUGAUGUCAGCGUUUCUCCAGAAUGGUGAGUUUGAGGAAGGCUUGAAACUAUUUGAAUGUGUAAAGGAUGAGAGGAACACCGUGACAUGGAACUCCAUGAUUUCAGGAUAUGUUCACAACGAGCAGCCUGCGGAAGCUUUAAAGCUAUAUGUAGUUAUGCGCCAUUCAUCAAUUGAAUGCAGCCGGUCGACAUUUUCUGCGCUGUUCCGUGCCUGUGCAGCAAUUGGGACUCUCCAGCAGGGGAGAAUGCUUCAUGCUCAUUUGUGUCAAACGCCGUUUGACUCGAAUGCUUAUGUUGGGACAUCUCUUGUUGAUAUGUAUGCUAAAUGUGGCAACAUCGCCGAUGCUAGGACUGCAUUCAGUCUGAUUCUUUCACCUAACGUGGCCUCAUGGAGUGCUCUCAUCAAUGGUCUUUCACAUCAUGGGCUUGGAAUGGAAGCAACAUUAGAGUUUGGGAAGAUGUUAAAACACCGAAUAGAUCCUAAUGCAGUUACUUUUGUAGGGCUUCUGUUGGCUUGCAGUCGUGCUGGUAUGGUUGAUGAGGGAAUGAGAUUUUUCUACUCCAUGAGGGACUGCUAUGGGUUGGUUCCAACCGUGGAGCAUUAUACAUGUGUAGUUGAUCUUCUUGGUCGAUCAGGCUACAUAAGAGAAGCUGAAAAUUUCAUACGUGAAAUGCCAAUUGAAGCAGAUAGUGUUGUGUGGGGAGCUCUGCUUAGUGCCUGCUGGUUCUGCAUGGACUUGGAAGUGGGUGAGAGAGUGGCUGAGAGAAUGUUUUGUUUGGAUUCGAAUCAUCUAUCUCCCUAUGUGGCUAUGUCUAAUAUUUAUGCUAAAUUAGGAAGGUGGAAGGAGGUGAUGAAGGUGAGGAAGAGAUUGAGAGACCUCAAAGUAAAGAGAGAUCCCGGAUGUAGUUGGAUUGAGGUGAAGGACACAGUUCAUGUAUUCUGUGUAGAGGAUAGAAAUCAUCCACAAAGAGAUGACAUUUAUGCUGUUCUAGAGGACUUAGUAGCCAAUAUCUGCUUUUAUUCUGAAUCUUGCUGUACUCUAUAUAGUAAUCAAAAUAAUGAUGUUUAUUUUCCUCAGUUGCGGUGA